UCGGAAGGCCCAUAUCCGAUAGGGGUGGAUCCGAUCUGGAAUCUUGCCGAAAAUAACAAGCUGAGUUUUUUGAAUUCGAUGAAAAUGAAAAUGUCCGUUAUUGUUGGUAUUGCACAAAUGACAUUUGGCGUCUUGCUGAGCUACGAAAAUUACAAAUAUUUUGAUUCACGUUUGGACAUUCUAUAUAUGUUCAUCCCGCAGAUGCUCUUUUUGGGUUGCAUUUUUAUUUAUCUUUGCUUGGAAAUCAUCUUCAAAUGGCUAUUGUUUUCCGCUGAGAGUGGAUAUGUGUUAGGCAAUGAAUAUCCAUCAUCGAAUUGCGCCCCAUCACUGCUUAUUGGCCUGAUAAACAUGUUCAUGAUGAAGGAUCGCCCGGCCGGCUUUGUGGAUCCAAAGGGAAAUGUUUACCCGCAAUGCUAUUUGAAUCUUUGGUAUCCUGGCCAGGUGUGUACCUUUACUUUUUUUGGCUAA